AUGAAACUUUCAAUAUUUGCUUUUCUCUUUCACGCUAUAUUUUUCUCGUCAUAUGCAUAUGGUCUUUACCUUCGCGAUGCAACAAUUCUUUACCGUCGCGACACUACUAUUGACCCAAAUCAAUGCACAGUCACUGCUGCAGAAUCUCAUCGUAGUGUAACAGUUAUACUAAUUAAUGAAAUUGAUUAUAACAUUACUUAUGCCAACCACAUUCUCAACUGGGGCGCUUGGGCCUCUAAUGCCUGCGACCCCUCUCAAUCUAUAUAUCCAUCCCUCCCAAUUAAUCAAUCUGAGACCUUUUCCGCUGUAAGCGAUGGCUUCUUAACCGGGACCGAGGGAAAAGUAACUUUUUCUAUUGAUGAUAAAAACACUCCACCAAGCACCUUUAGUAUUUAUUGGGAUAACCCAUUUUCAGGCAGUAAUGAAUAUUCUGUCGAAAUUUCAAAUACCAACUUGUAUGAUUAUCAAAUCCCACCUGGUGCAGGUGUUGGAGAUAACGCUGUUUAUCAGGUUACUAUUUCAAAAAGUACGUGA